AUGUGGGUGUCUUCGGGAUCUCUCUUCGAGUCGGGAAUCAGGGUUGACGGAGUGUCGACCAAACUUGUCCACAAGCUCUAUUACCCGGGCUUUCUGCUGAAGAACAACAAAAGCCGUGAGAAACGUAUUCAACAGAAGUGCGCUAACGCCACUUCUGUAUUUAACUCACUAACAAAAUUCACGUGGUUGACCCCCAUCAUCAACGAAGUCAAGCUGCGAGUCUACCUAUCUGCAGUUCGCCCCAUCAUGAUGCACAGAUCGAAGACUUGGGCAGCACUGUGA